AUGGUCAUGCUCGAGACAGUGCCGAAGAAACUGCACCUGCCCUGGCCGAAGUACAAGACUGGCGUGGCUGCUCAAGCCAAACUGCAGUUAGAGAAGAAGCUAAUGAAAGAUGACAACUAUGACGAGCUUAAGGAGAAGAAGCUGUCUGAAGAGUGCCAUCUCAAACAGCUGAAUAAGGACAAGGCGGCCGCCCUACCUUGCCCUACUGGGAGCUCUGCCCCUGUUUUCUCGCUGCGCCGCACGCACACCGCUGACCGGCUAGCAGCACCACAUUGUCGACCACGAGCUCCUCCCUGCAGCGCUGCGUUGCUGGUCCUCCGCUACGCGUGCGUGCCUCGCUGCUCCUCCUCUGCUCCACGUGCAUGCCUUGCUGGGCCGCGCGCGCACCGCUGGCCGACUAGCAGUACCACGCCGUCAGCCACGAGCUCCUCCCUCUUCGCUGCUGGUCCUCCGCUGCACCGCUGCUCCUUCGCUGCAUCGCUGCUCCUCGCGGCCAUGCCGCCGAGCUCGUCGUUGUCCUUGACGGCUCAACCUCCUCCCUGCGCCACCGCGCCGCCGGCUGCUGUGACGGUGAGCUCCUCUACUCCCCAGACAAGCUCGUUGUCCUCCCCGAACGAGCUCGCCGUCCUCGUCCCGGAACUGAUACCUCAAGAAGGCACUGCAGUUUAA